AUGCCUGGAAAGACCGGCAAGGUUCUGCGGAACGGGAAGUGGGUGAAGGAAGAGAAGCGCGUGACGGAGGAGAAGAAGGUGCAGAAGUUCGAGACGCAAGAGAAGACCACGCAGAAGGUCUCCGGCAAGUUUUCCAAGAGCGCCACCAGCUCGGAAACACAGGCCGUGAAGAGCUCUGACGUGAAGGCCAUCAAGGGGAAGGAGACGACCAAGGGGACGACGAAGGAUGCCAUCAAAGAGUCGCCGAGCAAGGGGAAGAAGACCAGCUACACGACAGGGACCGGCGCCGAGGGAGGUGCCGGCCCGGUAGUGUCGACAGCAGACAGCUCCAGUGCCGCCGAGUUAAGGGCCUCGACGGCGCAGGAGCUCAGCUCGUCAAAGCUGGCCUCCUCCGAGCUGCAGAUCUCCGAGAUGUCGUCCACUCAGCUGGCCGAGAGUUCCUCCUCACAACAGGUGAUGGAGAGUUCCUCCUCACAACAGAUGAUGGAACAGUCGUCUUCACAACAAAUGAUGGAACAGUCGUCAUCGCAACAGAUGAUGGAACAGUCAUCUUCACAGCAAGUGAUGGAGCAGUCCUCGUCACGUCAGCUGGCUGAGAGCACCUCUUCCUCUCAGCAGCUAAUGCAGCGUUCUUCCUCUUCUCAUCAGGUGCUGGAAAGCUCCUCCUCCCAGCAAAUGAUGGAACAAUCGAGUUCCCAGCAGAUGAUGGAAUCCAUGUCCUCUCAGCAGGUGAUGGAACAAUCCUCAAUGUCCUCGCAGCAGGUGAUGGAACAGUCUUCUAUGUCUUCUCAGCAGAUGCUGGAGCAAUCCUCCAUGUCCUCCCAGCUGCAGCAGUCCUCGCAGAUGAGCGAGUCGCAAAACGUGAGCUCGAGCGUCAUGGAGUCGAGCUCCUCCUCGAACGUGCAGCAGGUCGGCAGCGUCUCCAGCACCGGGGAGGUGCUGCAGAUCAGCGACAGCUCCAGGACUGUGGACGACAAGGGCGCUAGGAAGCCCAGCGCGGCCAAGAGGAAAAAGUCCGACCGACCCACCACCGCCGAGGGCGGCGGUAAAAACGCCAAGUGCAUCUGCGAAAUCUGCGAGUGCGG